AUGCGGGAGAUGGAGUUUGCAGGUUUGCAACCCCAGAAGCUAGCGCCAGCCGGCCGGCCAAUCACAGUGGGGCUGUAUGACCGAGAAUGGAAGUGGAGCUCGAGCUAUCCACAGCUUAGCAGGUGCCAGCGAAUGGCAGCCCCGGUCAGGCCAGACCCCCAGGUUCAAGUGCUGCCAAGUGCUGCCGCUGACCGCCCCUUUCCCAUUGGUGCAUUCGCCAGGAGCCCCAAUUGCCCUCAAAACACCGCUGACAAGGCGAGUGGAACGGCCCCCGAGGACGUUUUUGAGAGGAAGGCGACGGAUGCCACAACACACCGUUCGACACCAUCUGCCAGACAUUUCUCCAACCGAGCCCGCUCAAUCUCCUGCUGGGAAGGGGUCACGGGUCCUUUUUGCUUCAACACCAAGCUCUAUUCACCUCGGUAUUCACAAGCAUCGUCAGUCGACCAUUCUAAUCAACCAGCACACAUCAUGGCUUCUCUAACAGAUAACAACAACAACAAGCCAGGCUUGACCGUCGAGACGACGUCAAUGUCCCGGCUGUCUACCAAGACUUCUCAAGAGACACUCACACCCGAACCAUUCCCAACACUGACCGAGAAGGACACGUCAGCGUCGCGACUCUCGGACUUAUCUACACCAGCUACCACUCACCGAUUAAACCCCUUCGACACCGAUAUCGAGGCCAUGAUCACCAACGAGAACAGCCACAAGAGAUCAGCCGAGUGCACAAAGGGAGGAACCGAUUGCCAAGUUUGGCCCGGGCAAGAUCACUGGAAGCGAAAAGCCAAGGCCGCCAAAAAGAAUCGGCGCGCCUGCAACUGCCUCGCCGGCCUCAGCAAACGGAACCGAAUUCUCGUCAAGAUCCUACUCAUCUUCCUCAUUGUCGGCAUUGCAGUCGGUGUAGGAUUUGGAGUCAGCAAGCCUCUCGGCGCGGGCAUCUGGCGCAGCGAGACCCAGAAUAGCUAA